AUGAGGCCUGAAAGAUUGAACAAAGUAAUACAAGGUCAUGCGAGUAGUUCUAGUAACAACAUAAUUUUAUAUGGUGAGAAUUGUCGUAAAUUGCCUAAUCAAAGUAAUUUACAAGUCAUGAAUUCACAAGAUAUCAAAAAUGCAGGUGUUACUACAAAUAAACCGAUAACGAGAAGUAUGGCGUCGUCUACAGGAAAUGUAAUGAGUAUAUCAAACUCAUCUAUGUGUAACCAAAAACAUUCAAGCAAACUAGCGGAUGCCAAUUCCAAAAAUUCAAAUACUGUGAAAUCAGGCUCUAGAACAAUUCCCGGUUCGUCUUAUAAUGAAAAAAUCAAUGGUAAAGAAAAUUCUACCAAUAAGGAAAAUGCAAUUAAUCCUAACACAUUCGCAGAAAAACAGUUGAAAACUGUUGGGGCACAAUAUACUAAUACAUUGGAAAAGGUUAUUAGUGUGGAUAUGAAUAAUACUGACGCUUCUUUUUUUUCAGAAUACGCAGAAGCAAUAUAUCAAACAUCGAGAGAUCUCGAAUCUAAAAAAGAGUCAUUAUUGUUCACUGCAUCACAAGUUGUCUCUGCGCAACCAAGUGUAGGAAAACAAAUCUUAGAAUGGAAAAGGAGUGGAGUAAAUCUGCUAUUUGGCCUUCAGAUUACAUUUAAUGUUCCUGAUGAGGUAACUGUUAUUGCCAAUUCUAUGUUAGAUCGUAUUUUAGGACUUAAACAUUUUCAGAGAGCUUCGGAGAUGACGCUUGUGAGUGCCACAUGUUUCUGGAUAGCGCUAAAGUAUGAAGCUGCGUAUGUGCAAGGUGAAAAUUUAAAGAUACCCCCUCUGCCUGCGUUGAGUGAUGUGGCAGAAAAAUGUGGGCUUAAUAUUGCGGCAAUACUGUUUUGUGAAGGUGUUGUACUUGAUGCUCUGGACUGGAGUAUUGAAUUUCCAAAACCAAGUGACUAUAUUAAGCGGUAUUGUCUAGUAUUUAAAGAUCAGUAUACUGGCAAUAAAGCUACUAGAGUUGAAAGCCUAUCUAUUUAUCUUUCUCAUCUAGCUAUCCAUGAACCUGCGAUGAUGGGAGUCUGCGCCUCAAAGCUGGCGUGUGCAUGCUUAAUGUUGGCACACAAAAUAGAAGGCGUUGAAGAAAGUUGGGCGCCUGCAGUCGAGUACUACACAGGAUAUACAAGGGAUUCACUUAAAGAGCUAACAAGAUAUAUGAUAAGUAAUUUGAGAACUAUUAGAAACACAGAAAAUGGGGAAAGCCACGCUUCCCCAAGUCACUACCAGAAUGUCAGGAAGAAAUGGUGGAAUUCAUGGGGUUCUAAUGAGUGGGGAUAA